CCCACUUUCCUCUAGCUUUUCUAGACGUGUGCCCCAGUAUCAUUAGCACCAAUCCUUCAAAUUUUAGAAUAACCAGAGCAUUGGAAAUGCUCAACCACCAACUCUUAGCAACAUCAAAAAUCAUCAUAUCCUUUCUUUCCUUUACCUAAAGUUCCAUGUAGUACACCAAUCCUCCAACAAAACGUCAGUCGCUAAUCGAAGGCCAACUUCUCUCUUAAGCAGUUAAGCUCAAUCAUUAAGAAAUGGGACUAAAAACAUUGUUUCACUUCAAAGCCAAGGUGAUUGAGCCCUGUAGUAAACUUUUGUCCAUCUUCAAACAUAAAAGUCAUGAUAUUCCUUCGAGGAGUCCUACGUUCCGUUUGCCAGCCACACGACGGACUAAACCCAAAAAAGUCAGAACCAAAACAGUCAGGUUUAGGAAACCCUUCUCCAUUAAGUCCUUCAGCUUCCCUCGUUGUCGCCCCAAGAAGAAACUUCGGGUGAGGAAAAGCCGGUCUUCACUCUCCUCUAAGUUCAGAAAAACCUUUCGUCGAAAGAAGCAUGCCAAACCAUACAAGAAACCUGUUCAAAAGGUGAUGGUCAUGGGUGAUGUAACGAGUGUGAGUCCGUCAUCAGGAGGAAGAGGAGGGCACGCGAAAGAGCCUUUCCCAUCACCUAUAACACCGGGGUAUGUACAUGUCAGAAUAAGCGACGAUGAUGACAGCAGCAGCAAGAAAGAGAGCAGUUCCGAUGAUUUUGUAGAUGUACAAGAUGUAAGCAAAGACUUUGAGAAUUAUUUAGUCGAGAUGAUCGUCGAAGAAGGGAAGGUGAAGGAUUUGAUGGAUGUUGAGGAGCUUCUCUAUUGUUGGAGGAAUCUUAAAAGCCCUGUGUUCAUUGAUUUGGUAUGUAGGUUUUAUGGAGAAUUAUGCAGAGACCUGUUUUCUCCUUCAGAAGAAGAGACUCAGAGUCAACUAACAAUUACUUCAUCGAGUGAUAACAUCUAGUGUUAUUCUUUUCUAAUUCAACCUUUUUUUUUUUUUGAUGUCUUUCUACUCUUUUGCAAGUAAGAAUUCUUUGAAGGUACAUUGUUGUUACAUGUGCAGUUUAACACAUUUGUAAUCUGUGGAAACAAACAUUAUAGAUUUCCUCCUUUUUUUAGCAAUGAAACACAAAUUUGGUUCAUAUACUUCCUCUAUUUUCGAUAGGUUGUACAAAAACGUGUCAUUAUAUUGUCAUUUACUAUCUUGCAGGCCUUUUCUCAUCUUUUAUUGAAACUGUUAAAUUUCGGGAAAACUCCUCUAUUAGAAUGAUUUCCAUUGAUCAAUAUUUAUAGGGUUACAAUCAGAAACCUAAUCAUAUUAGGUAACUAUAAGAUAUGUACAUAUAUAAAAAAUAAUCUUAUACAAAAUAUAUCCUAAACCUAGGAUGAGAAUAUUCUAUGGAUAUUCUCUAUCACACCCCCACAGUCAGAGCGGGAGAAAAUCGGAUGCUCAGACUGGAUCUGAAUCACGCAUCGAACGGUAAGAAUAAUAUAGUAACCCAUGAUCAAAAGAGAAGUAGUAGACGUGUGAUGGUGAUGACGAUGAGAAGCAACAACCACGACCUACAUAUAGUAGAGAUAUGCGCUUUUAGGCCGAAGGAGAAGAGUCACGCAUAUACUUGGGCCAAGUUGCAGAUCCAGAGAAGAAUAAGUUAACGGAUCAAACCAUCAUCGGGGAGAAGACACUACACUACUACGUGAAAUCACAGUUGAAGAAAAACAAAAAAAAUUGCGCAAGAAAAGAUUAAAUCCCACCGCUUGAAAUUAAUCAAUUCUCAAAAGAGAAACCAGGUAGCAAGAAUUAAUACUCCACAAAGAUUCCAAGUGCUGCAACAAUUAAAAGAGCUAGCUUGAUAGCAAAAGAGAUGUGCAAAAGUUGACCUUAUUGUGAUAUACCACCACCAAAACAAAAUCUAUGCGAUUAUGUGUAAAAAAAAAAAAAAAAAAAAAAAAAAAAAAAAAAAAAAAAAAAAAAAAAAAAAA